GAACAGGAAGGGGCCCAGAGCUGGGUCCGUCUCGCUUUCAUUCAGGCCACUAGGCAGCUGUGGUAGGACCAGGACGUAGGCUGCGUGCGGAGAGGGGGAACACGUUGCCCCUGGGCCUCGUCCCUGGUGUCUGGAAGCCAGGGAUGCCAUCCCAUAAGGUUCGGGUGGAUGCACCUGUUAGAAGAGGACCCAGGUGGAAGCCGGAGCGAUUCCUCUGUGCGCAUUUUGUGUGCGGUCCGUUGCCGUCGAUCAGCUAGCUCUUAGCCUCUUCCUUUACCCACAGGCCAUUUUGAAAUGAUUAAAAGGCAGUGAGUGAGCUGGUGAAUAUUCACUCCCUGUGCCAGAGUUCCCAGCACCCCCGUCACCAGCAGGGACAUCCAAUUCAUGAAGGUUGCAUUAGGCACAUUAUUGCUUUGCUGGGGCUGCCGUCACAACAUCCCACAGGCUGGGCAGCCUAAAAACAGAAGUGUAUGUUCUCCCAGUUCUGGAGGUCGAAGUUCAAGAUCAAGGCCUCAGCACUUAUCCGGACUGGAGAUGAUUCGAGACCUAUGCGCCGGGCAACUGGAGGGAGCGGACAUCGGCUCCACCGAGAUAACGUUUACACCCGAGAAGAUCAAAGGAGGGAGCCACACGGCCGACACCAAGACGGCAGGGUGUCCCUGCCCUGCGUCCUGUUCGCCGCGUCUCCCUCCGAGCUGCGCCUGCGAGGCGGCACCAAUGCCGAGAUGGCCCCGCAGAUCGACUACACGGCCAUGGUGUUCAAGCCAAUUGCUGAAAAAUUUGGUUUCAAGUUUAAUUGUGACAUUAAGAUGAGGGGCUACUACCCAAAAGGGGGUGGUGAAGUGAUUGUCCAGGUGUCUCCAGUGAAACAGCUGAACCCGAUAAACAUAACUGAGCGUGGCUCUGUGACGAAGAUAUCCGGGAGGGCUUUUGUGGCCGGCGCUUUGCCCUUUAAAGUAGCGAAGGAGAUGGCGGCGGCGGCCGUGAGGUGCCUCCGGAAGGAGUUCAGGGACCUGUACGUGAACAUCCAGCCGGUCCAGGAGCCCCGGGACCACGCCUUCGGCAACGGCAGCGGCAUCAUCGUGGUGGCUGAGACGUCCACGGGCUGCCUGCUGGCGGGGUCAGCGCUCGGCAAACGAGGUGUCAAUGCAGACAAGGUUGGCAUCGACGCUGCGGAGAUGCUCCUGGCGAACCUGAGGCACGGCGGGGCCGUGGACGAGUACCUGCAAGACCAGCUGAUCAUUUUCAUGGCACUGGCCAACGGAGUUUCCAGAAUAAAAACAGGACCCGUGACACUCCACACGCAGACGGCUAUACAUUUUGCCGAACAGCUAGCAAAGGCUAAAUUCACGGUGAAGAAAUCAGAAGAGGAAGGAGAUGCCUCGAAAGACGCCUACAUCAUCGAGUGCCAAGGGAUCGCGAUGACGAAUCCAAACCUGUAGGGGCUGUGCCUUGGGGACGGCACCGCGGCGACCUAUCGCACUGACUCAUGUCGUAAAUACCGCAGGACGGCACUUCGGGAGUCCUUGCUAAAGGACCCACUGAAACUCCAGGCGGAGUAGAGUGUUCUAGAUCUGCAGGGCCGCGGUCCAAUUCGUCUGACUCAGAAUGUCCCCCGGCACGUGGACAGGGAGCUGUCCGCCGGUGGGUGUCUGACAGCUGAUCUCAGUGUGAACGUGUUGGUAUAAAAUCUUCUGUUCCCCCGGAGUACGUGUGCUUUCCUUUCUUACUUAAUAAAUGAAGUCGGGGAUGUCGAGGUGCCCGUGA